GCCCCUGGGGCUCACCUGCUUAAGGAAACAGGAACAGCCUGGGGGCAGCAGCCCCACCCCGCUGACGUGCGGACCCUGAAUCGAAACCAAGGCUCCUGCAGGCUCUGAGAACAGCAGUGAGAGAGCCUCGGCAGCGCAGGGGUCUCCCAGGUAACCGGUCCCCAGGAAGCCAUGACAGAAGCGGGAAGGCUGCCCCCACCAUUGCCCCCACGACUGGACUGGUUUGUGCAGACGCAGGUGGCUCAGCUUGCCCAAGAAGGGGUCCCUGCAUGGUUCCACGGUGCCAUCUCGAGAGAGGAUGCCAAGAAUUUGCUGCAGUUACGGCCACCGGGAUCCUUUCUCAUUAGAGUGAGUCACAGCCACGUGGGCUACACACUGUCCUACAAGGCGCAAAGCUGCUGCCGCCACUUCAUGGUGAAGCUUUUGGAUGAUGGGAGCUUCGUGAUCCCGGGGGAGGAGAAGGCCCAUGCCUCGCUGGACGCCCUGGUCACCUUCCACCAGCAGCAGCCUGUGCGGCCACACGGGGACCUGCUGACUCAGCCCUGUGGGCAGAAGGAUCCAGCGAACUCAGAUUAUGAGGAUCUCUUCCUUUACUCCAGUGCAUUGACUGAGGAAGUCGCCAGCCCCGCCUACAUCCCCAAGGAACAUCAGAAUCCUUCCUACUAUCCCAGGGCGGCCCCCCAGGAGACCUCAGCGAGCCCGAAGGGAAGGAAGCCACAAGGAGAGAUGGACAGAGCUUCCACGGAGGAAGCCACUUCCUCCUGGCCCCCAAAAGCUCCUCUUGAGAAGGCCUGCCGGAAACUCUGGAGGAACCUCAAGGCACUCCCCCAGACGGGCAAGAGGGUCCAGCAGCAGCUGACAUCCCACCUGACAUCUACAAACUUGUCAUCGCUCUGGAAUGCUGGGCCACCAGUAGUGACACACGGCCCGGGGGCCAGGCCAGGUGACACACACUGGGAAGAUAAUGUCGACACAGGCCGCUCUGUGGCCACGUCCCUUGCAAGCCCCUCGCAGCCCCAGGAUCUGAGAGACAGAACUGACCCCUCCAGGAGGGUCUCAAGAUUGGCCAGCUGGAGCGAGGCGACCCCUAGGGUCAAGGAUUGGCCCCAGGCGGUAGUGAGGGCCCUAUCCUCAAAAGUGUCCAAACCAGAGACAAAGGAUUUGGCAGAACCCCAGAAGGACUGGCUCCCCGAGGAGUACCGCCCGCCGCCACCCUUUGCCCCUGGGUACUGCUAGAGAAGAGCUUUGCCCUGGCUCUGGGGGCUCUCACACUGGACACCUCGUGGUCUACCCACUGGACCUCAGGAACCUGAGGAACGUAAUAAAAGACAUUGCUUGGGUCUGGUCCUGCA